ACACUAAUAAAAUUCAACAACGGAACUUACAAACGAAAGCGAGCGGACGGCACCAUUUAUACAAUAUACUAUCUGGUCGACUACGUACAUCUAAUGUGCAGCUUUUACGGCCUGAUGUCAUACAGCAGACUGUUCGACACUUCCGUCGUCACCAGGGCGCAUGCGAGAACACUCAGCACUUCAAAUCACUUGAAGAGAAGAGGUACAUGCUUAAUCAGCACUUCUGGAAAUUCAACGAUCAGGUGUAUGCAGCUACUAACUCCCGCAACCGUGGCAAACUUAAACGUCGCUGUGCGGAGAAAAAUUAUCCAUAAAGAACAAGACUUACGCACUUGCAAAGUUAUCGCUUCUCUGACUGAAUUCUGCGAAGUCAUACACGCAGGCGAGAUAUGCAGCGCCCAAUGGGAAGGGCAGAAGGCGGUGUUGACGAAAGUGAAAACCUGUUUAAGGGCUAACUUCGAAACAGACAAGAUAACUAAGCCCACCUUGCAAACCAUCGACAACUUCAUGGAAGUAAUGGAUGGCCUGCUGGAGGCUUACCCUGGCAUAACCAUACACGCCUACAGGGUAAGCCAAGACCUUUUGGAGAGAUUUUUCUGUAAGAUGGCGCCAGGCAGGAGAACUAAAACAAGACCCGUGGAAAAUAUAAUGAAACUGGGCACCCGCCUUAUGAAACAACAACUAGAAUUUUGGGGAGGCGAAUCCAGCUCGGAUGACGAUUACCACCUGAUUGAAAAGCUGGAUUACGUGACACCAGACCAGGCCGAGGAUGAGUUCAUGCCUUACGAUUUGAAUGGGGUGCCGUACGAAGUAGCUACCAGACGGCUAACCACAAACGAGGCGGAACACUUCAGGCUGCUCACAGGCUAUGGAAUAGCCCAAUACAUCCGUGAGCAGCUAAACUGCCAAGCAUGCCUGAGCGACCUAACGCUAACGAAGGAAGAAGCGUGCUCCGAAGUUGAUGGCAUGCUAGUCGCCAAUAUACAGGAACACGACGAAAUCCUGGCCAAUAAAAAUCUGGAAGCAGAAUUUCCGAGGCUUGAUGUGCUCAAUGUUUUCUUGGAAGCCUUGGGCAUCUAUUUGGAAAUUAUGAAGUUCCACAUGGUUGAACGCAACAUCGGCAAGCGCACCCAAGCGACAAUUCUAAAGCAGCUUGACUUCUUCAAGAAAAGAGGCUCCUGCCCCAAUGGAAGAAGUCACCGGACUAACCUCCUAGGCUUCAUCAUACAUUUGCUGCUGAUUGACAAAAACUGGAUCCAAGAAAGAGUUAAAAAUCUAUCAGAAUUUUAAAGUCGUGCUCGUCCGCUCGCAAAGUCAAAUCCAGCUAUCCGGUCGCCGCCUCAUAUAAAUGAAGAUUCGCUACAUGCUAAAGAUUCAAAAGCAAGCAUACACCUCCACUCAUCGUUUCAGCAGAAUGGGAUACUUCCGUAGGCCAAUUGUAAGUUUGUGAUCAUCUUUGCAUAUAAAAUUUAUUAAUCACAAUAUUUUUUC